UGACGUCCUGCAUGGCACACCUGUCAGGUGUAAGAUGAAGCUGCUGUUUUGUUUCACUCAAAAUGACAAACAGGCAGGGGAGAGGAUAAAGGGAGACACCUGGGACCCCACAGGUGUCAGGUGGUUUUACUCGUCAGUGCAGAGGAAGCGAUUGGUGACUGGAAGCAGGCUGCUUCUGUCACCUGUUCCAUUUAGGCCACGCCUCCUGUAGCAGCAAGCAGAGUUUAAAGCUGCCUCACUCUGGAUUUGAUUCUGUGAGCAGAGUAAGCCUUCAGAGAAGCAGAUCUGUCGGUGGGCCAGUUUCUCUGACUCACCGUGUCCUGUUAUAAAUGUGCUGAGCUGUGUGUGUGUGAGGAUUACUGCUGCAGGUAUUUAAACCCACAGCCAGCGUGUGUGUGAGCAGACGACAUGCAGCAGAUCUACAGACACAGCAACGAACACAUCGAGGUUUAUACCACCGUCUUCUCCCCCCAGGUCUGCAGGUCGAGGACAAGGACGAGAUAUGUGGGAGCAGAGAAGAUGGCGGUGGCGAGGAUCCAGUACCGGGGCCGCUGGCCGAAGGAGCUGAACCUGAACCAGGGGGACCUGGUCCAGGUUCAGUUUAAGGAGGAUGAGGCGUGGUGGUUCGGGCGGCUGAAGAACGGGGAUGAGGGUUACUUCCCUGCCGCCUGUGUGGAGCUGCUGCAGGGUGGAGCGUCUUCCAUAGCCACGCCCACACUGCUGAGGAGAGGCUCAGUACCAGCAGUUGUAUUGACUGCAGGCGCCCCCUGUGGCUGCACGAGCGGUCGCAGCACCCCAAAGCUGCUCAGGAAGAACAGCAUCCGCCGCCCGCUCGGCCUCGAUGGGCCCUCAGUGGCGGCGGCAGGAACGGGAGGCUCCUCCGCGGCUCCUCAGGGGUCUCCGAGCCUCCUCCACCGAGUCCUGGCCAAAUCCAGGAGGAAGAGCUGCCCGCAUCUCACCCACAUCCACCAUCCUACCCCCGAUACCGGUUCCGUGAACACCGCCUUCCAGCCAGACUAGACCCCGAGUUCACUCCUCCUGUUCCUCCUCCUCUGCACGUGACCCAGGAGUCCCAGGGGUCAGGUCCAGGUCGCUGGGAGGCCCUCUUUCAUCUGCUGGAGUCUGAAGCGAGUUUCAGAGGCCGAUGGAGUCACCUGUCCAUCGAAAACCUCCCAGUCAGCCCCGAUUGCCCGACGUCAGCCUCAGCUGGACCCCUCAGACGGG